AUGUUCUGCUGUUGUGGUGGCCAUUCUUCGGCCACUUCGCCGGCCCCAGGCGAUGGGGACAACCUGAAGGAUGACCCGGAUACCGUACUCGAAAUGGUGCUGUGCCCGGUGGGGCAGAUUCCGGAUGGAGGAAAAGAAGAAUUCGACGUGGCGGGUACACCCGUGCUUGUCAUCCGCGACAAGGGCAGAUACUACGGAACCGGGGCGCUGUGUCCACAUUUGAAAACGCGACUCGUCAAUGGCAUCUACCGUAACGGGUCGAUUCGAUGUCCGGCGCACGGGGCUCGUUUCUCGGUUCAAGCUGGGGAUAUCGAGGACUACCCCAGUUUCGGAUGUUUGCCAACGUAUAAGGUAUUCGAGCGCGGCGACAACGUGAUCGUCGAGAAACGCGGGAAAGGACUGCAAGAAUCGUGGACAUACGAUUGGCAAUCUGUCCCGUCGUCUUCUACGAUUUCCCAGAAUAAUAUUAUCGUUAUCGGGACUGGCCCAGCUGCCCUCAGCUUCGUGGAAACGCUUCGAAAGCUCGGCUGCACCACGCGAAUCGAGAUGAUUACGCAGGAAUUCGAGCUACCAUAUGACAGGACGAUGCUCAAUAAGAAAAUCUUCAAAAACGUGAUGGAGACGCGAAUUCACGACGAGGCUUGGUACAAGAGGAUGAAUAUUGAUGUCAAAACGAAUACGAGGAUGCUCUACAUCAACAAAAAGAGCCGAACCCUGGUCCUCUCCAACUCGUGCUGUCUCUACUACGCCAAACUGUUCAUCGCCAUUGGCUGUAUCCCGAAAAGGCUGCAAGUACCCGGGGAGAAGUUGGCCAAUGUUUGCUACGUCAGAACGAUGCAAGAUUGCAUGAGCUUGUGGGAACGCGCUAAAGGAGGAAAUGUCGUUUGCAUUGGCGGAUCAUUUAUAGGAAUGGAGGCGGCCAGUAUUCUGCUCGCCAUUUGCGAAUCGGUGACUGUAGUUUGCACUACGGAGGAGCCACUGCCGGCUUUUGGCCGAGAUGUAGGAGCCGCGCUGCGCAAGUACUUUGACCGCAAGGGCAUCCGGGUGAUCGUCAAGGCGACCGUCGACUACUUGAGCGGAUCCGAGAUGGGGGCUGUUGAAGCCGUCCACCUUGGUGACGGUGAGGUGCUACCAGCUACUUGUGUCGUCGUUGGAAUCGGCGUCCGCCCCGACACGGACAUCCUCCACACCUCCCAACUGCCCACCUCCGACAGGGGCUAUCUGCUGGUAGAUGAGAACAUGACGGUCGAAGAAAAUAUCUGGGCAGGCGGAGACGUGGUCGAAUGCCCUCUACAGCUUUGGGACGUCCCCGACGCUCAUAUCGAACAUUUCCAGGUGGCCCAAAAGCAUGGCCAAAUCGCCGCCCAUUCCCUGAUGGGCCAACGCACGUUCACCGCGUUCGUCCCCUUUUUCUGGGGCAGAUUUUUCGACGAAUUAUCGUUGAAAUCGUCAGGUUAUCAAGAGGACUACGAUUCGACGAUUGUUCAUGGGGAUCUGGCCAAUUUUGACUUUACAAAAUACUACUUGAAGGACGAUACCGUAAUCUCGGUCGUAUCCGCCGGCCCCUCAAACGCUGCCGUGCAAUUCCUCGACCUCUUCCAGAAACGUAUAAAAGUCUCAGGGCUACAGGUGGAGCGAAAUCUAGGCGAUGAUUGGACGCUGUGGAAGCCGGAAACGGCAAGA